CGGGCCCGCGGACGGUGUCCCGGCCCUUGCAGCGCGGGGCGGGUGGUGGACGCAGGUGGACGCGUCCGGCUCCUCCCGGUGCGGACUUGGGUUGCGCCUUGACAAGCAGUGGACUCACUGGUGACAGUGUCGGUGACUCGUCCUAGUGGCAUGUUCCUGCAGUGCAAGAGCGGCUUGUAAAUUUGCUUCAGCGAACCUUUUGAUGCCUGACAUUCCCAUACGGAUUAUACUCCAAAUCUUGUUUAGAAAAUGGGUCCUACAGGACGCCUUGUUACCAUCAAAAGGAGCGGGGUCGACGGCCCCCACUUCCCGUUGAGCCUCAGCACAUGCUUGUUUGGAAGGGGCAUCGAAUGUGACAUCCGUAUUCAGCUUCCUGUAGUGUCAAAACAGCACUGCAAAAUUGAAAUCAAUGAGCAAGCAGCAAUAUUGUUUAAUUUCAGUUCCACAAGUCCUACACAAGUAAAUGGAUCUGCUAUUGAUGAACCCAUACGACUAAAACAUGGCGAUGUGAUAACCAUUGUUGAUCGAUCUUUCAGGUAUGAAAAUGAAAGUCAUCAGAAUGGAAGCGAGUCCACUGAAUUUACAGGACAAAGAUGUGAACAGGGAUCUCUGCGUCGCGUCUCAAGAUCGAGCCUCUCUUCUGAGCCUGAUGGGAAAGUUCAAGAUUCCAAUGCCCGUUCAAAACUCACUGAAGAAAAUGUUUCAGGAAGGUCUCUGGUACCCGUGAAGAAUGUCAAAACACCUGGUACUGUCUCAGAUGAUUCAGAAGAUCAUGUUGCCAGGAAAACACCUAAUGUUACUCAUUCCUCAGAACUUCCUGGAGAUAAUUGCAGAAAUGUAAUGGAUCCCACUCCUGGGGAUUUUAAAGAAGAUUCCAGUGUAACAUUAGUGAGCUAUAAUGGAGAAUUGAAGUCUUUUCCUUCUACACAGUGUCUUAGGAAUAGUGAAAAAAACGAAUCUCCCUUUAGGAAGCUUUAUGAGUCAAUGAAGGAAGAGUUAGAUGUGAAAUCAGAAAAAGAAAAUAUUCUGUGGAAUCGUAGAAAAUCCAGAUCACAGAGUCAUUGCUCAUCAGAAAACGAAAGUGCUGCUGGUUUACAGGGCGGGUCACAGCUACUGGUCUCACUUAAAUCCAGGCGGAAAUCGGGUCAAAGCACCCAAAUUAAGGCAGACCCUGCUUCAGGAGAACAAGGAAGUAGCCAGACUGAGGAAAAGAGAACUGAUGAAGAGCCUGCUCAGAAUCCCAAGGUGACAAUGAGUCCCAGCAUUCUCCGCACGCAGACAGCGGAAACAAAGACCCUCGUACAACAGUCACAGCGAAGCUCCUCACAGAAACGUCAGAGUGAAGCCCUCAGUGAUAUCCAGGGAAGUGAUCCUGUGAAUCUGCGUCUAAGUGAAGGCUUCAGGGUAGACAAUAAAACCCUUACUCCUAGGAAGUCCUUAACUAGAAAUCAGACACCCACUAAAGUUGAAAAUGCUGGUAAUUUGGGAAAUACUCCAGAAAAACUCUUUUCCAAAAAGAGGAGGAGUAUGCCUACAAAUGUUGACGUUCUUACUACAGAAACAGAAAUUCAAAAUCAAACUAUUUUAGCUCCACUGCUCGUUCAAGUUGAAAGGAAGAUUCAAAACGAUGCCCUCAACAAGCCUGAGAAAUUGGACAGCACAGCUGGACAGAUGUGCUCUGGGUCACCUGAUCUUAGUUCAGUUGAUGUCAGCAACUUUGGUGAUUCCACCAAUAAGAUUGAGGGAAUGUCCUUGAAAAGAAGGCGAGUGUCCUUUGGUGGUCAUCUGAGACCUGAAUUAUUUGACGAAAACUUGCCUCCUAAUACACCUCUCAAAAGAGGAGAAACACCAAUGAAAAGAAGGUCUCUUGUCACUCACACUCCAACUGUCCUGAAGAAAAUCAUCAAGGAACAGUCUCAACCAUCAAGAAAAGAAGAUUCUCCUUCAGAAACCCAUUUGGAAGUGACUGCACAAAACGUGUUUAUGAGCUCUCCUGCUCAGAAUCCUACAAAAACUCCACUUGCAAAUGAUCAGCGCCGUCGGUCAUCCAAGGCAUCUUCUGUCUCCAGUGACAGCAAAUCUCCUCACCAGACAGAUACUCCUAAGAAAGGAGGGAGAAGGAGCGGCAAUUUGCCUUCAAAGAGAACAUCCAUAGAUCGAAGCCAACAUGAACUCUUACAGAUGAUUUAUUCCAAAAGAAGGAGCGGUGCUUCUGAAGCCAAUUUAAUUGUGGCAAAAUCGUGGGCAGACGUGGUAAAACUUGGUGCUAAACAAACACAAACUAAAGUCGUUAAACAUGGCCCUCAAAGGCAGCUGAACAAAAGACAAAGAAGGAUUAAUACUCCAAAGAAGCCUACUGGCAGUGUUCACAAUCAAUUUAGUACAGGCCACGCGAACUCUCCCUGUACCAUAGUAAUAGGGAAAGCUCACAUCGAAAAAGUAAACAUGCCUGCUCGGCCCUACAGAAUGCUGAACAACUUUGUAUUCAACAAAAAAAUGGACUUUAAUGAAGAUCUUUCAGGACUAACUGAAAUGUUCAAGACUCCAGCGAAAGAGAAGCCACAAAUGAUGAGAAUAUGUCCCAUCACUUUUUCAGAUUCAGAGGAUUUGCUUGGAAAAAAGUUUCAAGUACCUAAUUCGGAAGAAAAACCUCUGCUAUGCACUUCGGAAAAUUUUGGAGAGAGUGUGUUCCCCAGUGCUCAGAAAGCAGCAAAAGAGCCGUCGGAUAAAAGUUCUGCAAGCCCUGCCUUAAAACAACAGGAUAGGAGAAUAAAUGAAGAUAUCGUGAAAACUCCCAGGAACAUCUACAAAAUGACAAGUGCUGAGAUGAAUACUCCAGUGUCUGAGGCAGAGCCUCCAAAGGUAGCAGCAAGUACAAACAAGUCUAGAAGGUCUGUGGAGCUCAGAAAUAAACAGACGCCAGGCGCAGAGGAUGAGAAUGAAGAAAGGAAAACCGACACCAUGGAGAACAUCUUGGGAAGACGUCUGAGGAAAACACCACUACGAGAACAGAAGCUAAAGGGAGAGAUGAAGGAAAGUGAGAGAUCUUUUGAGAUAUGUAAGAAUAUCAUCGAAUCAAAAGAAAACUCUGAAAAGAUCAUGGCUGUGAGGAGAUCAAGAAGAUCUUCAGAGCUGAAAUGGGAACCAACAGCAGACCUGACUGCCCUCAAGAGAUGGCAAGGGACAGAACCAAAGGAAGACCUGGCAGACAUCCCAAGUCUCCUCCAAACCCCAGACUAUGUGGCGAAACCGGUGGAUACAGAGAACAAAACCACAAAACUGCACUGUAAAUCUCCAAAACCAGAACCGGUCAACAUGCCAACAAGGACUAAUGUACAGCUCAAGACACCUCCCCAGAAAGUGGAUGUAGAAGAGCUCUUAGUACUCAAGAAGCCCACACAAAAACCAGGAGAAACCACACACACACACAGAGAACCAGUAGAUGAUGAAAAAAGCAUCAAAUUGUUUAAGGAAACUGUAAGGCGGGAACUGGACUCUGCAGAAAAUGUAACUGGAAGUAAGGGCCAGCCAAGAACACCUAAGGAAAAGACUCAACCUCUAGAAGACCUGGCUGGCUUCAGAGAGCUCUUCCAAACACCAGAUCACGCCAAGGAACCAAUGACUGAUGACAAAACUGCUACAAUACUCUCCCAGUCUCCACAACCAGAACCAGCCAUCAUGUCAACCAGCAAGACCAGACGGCUCAAGACACCUCUGCGGAAAGUGAACGUAGAGGAUGAGCUCUCGGCACUCAGGAAGCCCACACGAACACCAGGGGAAAUCAUGCUCUCACACCAAGAACUAGUAGGUGGUGACAAAGACAUUGCAGUGUCUCAGGAAGCUCCAGAACAGAAACUGGACCCUGCAGACAAUGUAACUGGAAGCAAAAGGCGGACGAGAACACCCAAGAAAAAGCUCCAUUCCCUCGAAGACCUGGUUGGCUUCAAAGAGCUCUUCCAAACGCCAGAUUACACCAAGGAACCAAUGACUGAUGACAGAACCACAGAACCAGUCAACACACCAACAAGUAGAAAGAGAGGGCUCGAGACACCUCUGCAGAAAGUAGACAUAAAAAAUGAGCUCUCAGCACUCAGGAAGCCCACACAAACACCAAGAGAAACCAUGCUCUCACACAAAGAACUAGUAGGUGGUGACAAAGACAUUGCAGUGUCUCAGGAAGCUCCAGAACAGAAACUGGACCCUGCAGACAAUGUAACUGGAAGCAAGAGGUGGACGAGAACACCCAAGAAAAAGAUCCAUUCUCUCGAAGACCUGGUUGGCUUCAAAGAGCUCUUCCAAACGCCAGAUCACACCAAGGAACCAAUGACUGAUGACACAACCAUCCAAAUAUCCUGCAGAUCUCCACAAGCAGAACCAGUCAACACACCAACAAGUAGAAAGAGAGGGCUCAAGACACCUCAACGGAAAGUAGACUUAGAGAAUGAGCUCUCAGCACUCAGGAAGCCCACACAAACACCAGGGGAAAACACGUUCUCACACAAAGAACCAGUAGGUGGUGACAAAGACAUUGCAGUGUCUCAGGAAGCUCCAGAACAGAAACUGGACCCUGCAGACAAUGUAACUCGAAGCAAGAGGCAGACAAGAACACCCAAGAAAAAGCUCCAUUCCCUCGAAGACCUGGUUGGCUUCAAAGAGCUCUUCCAAACACCAGAUCACGCCAAUGAACCAAUGACUGAUGACACAACCACCCAAAUAUCCUGCAGAUCUCCACAAGCAGAACCAGUCAACACACCAACCAGUAGAAAGAGAGGGCUCAAGACACCUCCACAGAGAGUGGAUGUAGAGGAAGAGCUCUCUGUACCCACCCAAACACCAGAAAAAACCAUGCUCUCACACAAAGAACCAGUAGGUGGUGACAAAGACAUUGCAAUUUCUGAGGAAGCUCCAAAACAGAAACUAGACCCUGUAGACAAUGUAACUGCAGGUAACAGACGGACAAGAACACCCAAGGAAAAGACUCAACCUCUAGAAGACCUGGCUGGUUUCAGAGAGCUCUUCCAAACACCAGAUCAUGCCAAGGAACCAAUGACUGAUGACAAAACUGCUACAAUACUGUCCCAGUCUCCACAACCAGAACUAGUCAUCAUGUCAACCAGCAAAACCAGACGGCUCAAGACACUUCUGCAGAAAGUCGAUGUAGAGGAUGAGCUCUCUGCACUCAGGAAGCCCACACAAACACUAGGGGAAAACACGUUCUCACACAAAGAACAAGUAGGUGGUGACAAACACAUUGCAGUGUCUCAGGAAGCUCCAGAACAGAAACUAGACCCUGCAGACAAUGUAACUCGAAGCAAGAGGCAGACAAGAACACCCAAGAAAAAGCUCCAUUCCCUUGAAGACCUGGUUGGCUUCAAAGAGCUCUUCCAAACACCAGAUCACGCCAACGAACCAAUGACUGAUGACACAACCACCCAAAUAUCCUGCAGAUCUCCACAAGCAGAACCAGUCAACACACCAACCAGUAGAAAGAGAGGGCUCAAGACAUCUCCACAGAGAGUGGAUGUAGAGGAAGAGCUCUCUGUACCCACCCAAACACCAGAAAAAACCGUGCUCUCACACAAAGAACCAGUAGGUGGUGACAGAAGCGUUGCAGUGUCUCAGGAAGCUCCAGAACAGAAACUGGACCCUGCCGAAAAUGUAACUGGAAGCAAGAGGCAGACGAGAACACCCAAGAAAAAGCUCCAUUCCCUCGAAGACCUGGUUGGCUUCAAAGAGCUCUUCCAAACGCCACAUUAUGCCAAGGAACCAAUGACUGAUGACAGAACCACCCAAAUAUCCUGCAAAUCUCCACAAGCAGAACCAGUCAACACACCAACAAGUAGAAAGAGAGGGCUCAAGACACCUCUGCAGAAAAUGGAUGUAGAGGAUGAGCUCUCAGCAAUCAAGAAGCCCACACAAACACCAGAAGAAACCACACUCGCACACAAAGAACUGGUAGGUUCUUUGGUAGGUGGUGACAGAAACAUUGCAGUGUCUCAGGAAGGUCCAGAACAGACACUUGACCCUGCAGACAAUGUAGCUGGAAGCAAGAGGCGGAUGAGAACACCCAAGAAAAAGAUCCAUUCCCUUGAAGACCUGGUUGGCUUCAAAGAGCUCUUCCAAACACCAGAUCAUGCCAAGGAACCAAUGACUGAUGACAAAACCACCCAAAUAUCCUGCAGAUCUCCACAAGCAGAGCCAGUCAACACACGAGCAAGUAGAUGGAGAUGGCUCAAGACACCUCCCCAUAAAGUAGACAUAGAGGAUGAGCUCUCAGCACGCAGGAAGCCCACACAAACACCAAAUGAAACUGUGCACACACAGAGAGAACCAGUGGAUGGUGAUAAAGACAUCAAAUUGUUUAAGGAGACUUCAGAGCAGAAACUAGACUCAAAAGAAAACGUAACCAGAAGCAAAAGGCAACCAAGAAGACCUAAGGAAAAGGCCCAACCCCUAGAAGACCUGGAUGGCCUCAAAAUGCUCUUCCAAACACCAGAUCGCAUCAAAGAACCGAUGACUGAUGACAAAACCACCAAAAUAUCCUGCAAAUCUCCACAAGCAGAACCAGCCAACACACCAACAAGUAGCAAGAGACUGCUUAGGGCACCUCCCUGGAAGGUGGAGGAGCGGGAAGGUCUAUCAGCAGGCAAGAAGCCCACGCAAACCCUGGGGGAAAUGGCGUGUUCACACGGAGAACCAGUAGACAGUGACAAAGACAUCAAAGCGUUUAAGCACACUGCAAGGCAGGAACUGGAUCCUGCAGAAAAUGUAACUGGAAAUAAGAGGCAGCUAAGAAUCCCGAAGGAAAAGUCCCAGCCCCUUGAAGACGUGGUUGGCUUCAAAGAGCUCUUCCAAUCACCAGUUCAGGCCAAGGAACCAACGGCUAUUACCAAAACCACAAAAAUGCCCUGCAAAUCUCCACAACCAGAACCAGUUGUCACACCAACCAACAUGAGACAGCUUAAGACAUCUCUGGGGAAAGUAGGCGUAGAAGAUGUGCUCUCAACACGCAGGAAGCCCACACGAACGCUGGGCAAAGCUGUGCACGCACACAGAGAACCAGUGGAUGAUAAAGACAUCAAACUAUUUAAGGAAGCUCCCAAGCAGAAACUGGACUCAGAAGAAAAUGUAACUGGAAGCAAGAGGCGGCCAAGAAGACUUAAGGAAAAGGCCCAACCCCUAGAAGACCUGGAUGGCCUCAAAAUGCUCUUCCGAACACCAGAUCACAGUGAGGAACCAACGACUGAUGAGAAAACCUCCAAAAUACCCUGUAAAGCUCCACAAACGGAACCAGUCAAAACACCAGCAAAUAGAAAGAGACUGCUUAGGGCACUUCCCCGGAAAAAGGAAGAGCAGGAAGACCUGUCAGCACACAGGAAGCCUACACGAACUCUGAGGGAAAGGAUACACUCACGCAGAGAACCAGUCAGUGGUGAUAAAGACAUCACAGUGUUUAAGGGAACUGCAAGGCAGGCACAAGACCCUGCAGCAAAUGUAACUGGAAACAAGAGGCAGCCAAGAACUAAGGAAAAGGCUCAGCUCCUUGAAGACCCGGCUGGCCUCAAAGAGCUCUUCCAAACACCAGCUCACACACACGAACCAAUGACUGAUGAGAAAACCACAAAAAUGCCCUGCAAAUCUUCCCAAGUGGAACCAGUCAACACGAACAUGCCAACGGGUACAAAGAGACAGCUCAGGGUACCUCCCCGGAAAGUGGACAUAGAAGAUGAGCGCUCAGCGUGCAGGAAGCCCACAGAAACACCGGGGGAAACCACACACACACAUGGAGAACCAGUAGUGGAUGAUAAAGACAUCAAGUUGUUUAAGGAAACUCCAAAGCAGGAACUGGACCCUGAAGAAAAUGUAACUAGAAGCAAGAAGCAGCCAAGAAUCUGUAAGAAAAAGGCCCGACCUCUAGAAGACCUGGAUGGCCUCAAAGAGCUCAUCCAAACGCCAGAUCACACGGACGAUCCAGUGACUGAUGAGAAAACCACUAAAAUGCCCUGCGAAUCUCCAUGCGUAGAACCCGUCACCGAGCCACCAAGCAAGAAAAGACGGCUCAGGGCACCGCCCCAGAAGGUGGAUGAGCAGGAAGAUCUGUCAGCACCCAGGAAGCCCACACAAACCCUGGGGAAAACGAUGCGCUCACGCAGAGAACCAGUCGGUGAUGAUAAAGACAUCACAGUGUUUAAGGAAACUGCAAAGGAGGAACUGGACCCUGCGGCAAAUGUAACUGGAAACAGGAGGUGGCCAAGAAGAACUAAGGAAAAGGCCCAGCCCCUCGAAGACCUGACCAGGUAUAAAGAGCCCCUCCAGACGCCAGCUCACGCCAAGGAACUAGGAAGUGAAGCUGAGAGCGUUAAGAUGACUCCAACACAAACAGCAGACAAAAGAAAACCUGUGAAAAUAUCCAGAAGAGUCCUUAGGGCCCCUAAAAUAGAACCCACGGAUGACCUGGCGGGCACCAGGGACCCUGUGCAAUCACAAGGGGAAAGCAGUGUUUCCCCGUCCCCCAAGAGGAAACGUGGAAAAGAUGGACGCAUCACGGGAACGAAGAGGCUGCGCUCUGUGCCUCCUCCACCAGACACAGCGGAAGAGAAGCCGCUCCAGAAGAAACAGAGGAUGGCUCCCAGAGAGACAUGCGAACCACCUGAACCCACUGUGACAGAGAAGAAAAGUCGGAGAAUGUUGGCAAAAAGGAUCGAACCAGUGAAAGGGCUGCCCAGCAACAACGGGAAAACUGAAAAAAGGGGCCAAACAGUAGAAGAUGCAGCUGCUCCAAAUAAGGGAAUGUCCUUGCGUUCCAGACGCCCAAAUAAAACCAAUGUAGAGGAGCAAAAAUCUGAAUUUCCUGUAUCGGCAGAAAAGAUUAAAACAAAGAGGAAUGAAAAGAAGCCCAUGAAUACCUCCCAAGAGAUGAAGCUACAAAACUCGGAAGAUGGAGCUGAGAAUUCCACAUCUGGGGGCCAAGUCCCUGGAAGUAGAACAGGUUUGAGAUCUGGAAGACGGAAUAAGAUGCCCUUGCCUAAUGUAGCAGAGGAGAAAGCAAGGAAGAAAAGUGUGGAAAUCUCUGUGAAGAGUCAGAAGGAGAGCAAAGUAACAGAACAUUCAGACUCCAAGAGUUUGAGAUCAAGAAAGAUUACAGUUCCUUCUAAAGGAAACAUUUCAGAGGGUGAAUCCGAGCAGAGAGUAACUCGGGGUGCCAAGAAGCGUGCUGAAACUACGACAAAGGCAGGUCAAUGACAAUGUGUGCAUCAAGAAAAUAAGGACCAGGAGUCAUCGGGACAAUGAAGAUAUUUAGCUAAAAAGUUUCAAAGGGAAAAAAAAAGUAAUACAUGUAAUUUAGUGAUAAGUUCUAGUACAAUAUUUGCUGUAAAUUUAAAAGUGAAGUCUGUAAAUAAUGCUAUCUGGCUGUUUAAGGAAAGAAAGCUUAGAAAUUUCUGGUUUUGAAUUGUCUGUUCAAAAACUCCACAUGGAGGUUAUGAAGCAGACAGCUGGGUCUCAUAAAAUGGUAAAAAUUUAAAAGUUGGGGGUGGCGGGUGGGGGUGGGGAGUGGGAGAUGGGCCAAGGUAUGCCCUUCAACUUUGCAACUGAAGCCCUGAAGUUUAUCACCCCCACAGCUGGUCCCCAUUAGCUGUGGGCUCUAGCACUUGCAUUGUACAUGCUUCUGUGUUUGUCUGUGUCCUCCACCAGAAUGUGAAAGGCAGGGGCUUCUAUCCUUGUAUCCCCCUACAUGGGGCAGGCACUCAGGAAACAUUAGAGAAUGGAUAGAUGAGUAAAUAAAUGAAACUUACAAGAUCUGUCUUUACAGUGGGGGAGACAUUUGGUUCAUAUGCUAGGGCUGUUGAUCAUCAACACAGGACAGUCCAAUCUUUGGUGUUUUUAUCCCUUAAGGGAAUGACAUUGUGGAUUGGAGUAUGGUUUGUGAGCCCAUCUUCAGCGUAAAGCCGUUACUUUAUCUAAGGAAUGACUGGUGGCUUGCCUUUUACCCUUUAAGGAUAUUUGUCUAAGCCAAGACUGCUUUCCUCUGAGAAGCCGUCCACACACUAAAUCUUAGGGCCGUCGGCCAGGGCACCCCUCGAUUCCAAACUGUAAUGCCCCUCUUAGCUUCUGUGCUUUCGGGUCAUUUACAGUUUCUGGGCUUUCUACUGGAUCUGCUCCCACCUGUGCCUUUUCUGACCACAACUGUUGGCCUGACUUAGUCACUCCCAUGCCACCUUGUGCAGGAAACAACACAAACUCUCCCCUAAAAGAAUAAACAUUUCUGACAGCAGCAGAGCACGAAGCUCCUUCACUCACAAUUCCCGAAUUGUUUAUCUCUGAGCAUGCUACAUCUUAUUUUAAGCCCGGACUUCUUUCUUUGGUUUCAGACGCAUACAUUGAACUGCUGGACAUCUGCAUUUUGAUGUUCCACUUUAUCCUCCUCUUCCUCUUUCUGUGUUCCCUAAAUUGGAAAAUAGCACACCUUCCCUCCAGUCACCUGUCUGGAGUCCUCCCCAUUCACCUGCCUUGCCAGUUUGAGCUGAGGAUGGAAGACAAGAGAGGGUAGCUGUCCCCUAGAGUGUGAACCGUAAUGACCAUACCCCGUCUGUCCACUCUGUUAUCCCCUAAAGUCUGGUGUGGAGCCAGGUUUACAUAAAAAUAAAUGUUUGCUGAAUGAA